GUUAAUUCCGUUAGAACUCAGCCCCUCCAUUUAUAGGAUGUAUGCACCAAUUGGAACGCUGUGUAAUACAGAACAUGCUAUACUGUAUUCUGAUUAGUGCUCUCCUGCUGCCAUCUACGAAUACAUAUAUUCGGAGUAAAGACAUUCUAAAAAUUAAUACCAAGCGAAACUUUGUGAUUGAACAAUAUGUCUGGACGUGGAAAAGGCGGUAAAGUUAAAGGAAAAGUUAAAUCUCGUUCUAACAGAGCAGGAUUACAAUUUCCUGUUGGUCGUAUUCACCGUCUUUUGCGAAAAGGAAAUUAUGCUGAACGGGUUGGUGCCGGUGCUCCGGUUUAUUUGGCAGCUGUAAUGGAGUACUUAGCUGCUGAAGUUUUGGAAUUGGCUGGUAAUGCUGCUCGCGACAAUAAGAAAACAAGAAUUAUACCACGUCAUUUACAAUUAGCUAUUCGUAAUGAUGAAGAAUUGAACAAAUUACUUUCUGGAGUAACAAUAGCACAAGGUGGUGUACUCCCAAAUAUACAAGCUGUACUUUUACCAAAGAAGACAGAAAAGAAAGCUUAACCUGAUUUUUUAAACUUAAACGGCCCUUUUCAGGGCCCCCAA